CUUUUUUUUUUUUUUUUUUUUUUUUUUUUUCACCAUCCUCCCUCUCCAGGCUCCCUCCUCCCGUUUGGGGGCCGCUGGUUCCCUGCUUCGAGGCGCAACAAGAAAACCAGUCGGGGAAGGGGGCAGGGCUGGUUUGGGGGUUUGUUUUCCACUCCCGCGGUCCAAGGCAUGAUGCUGAAGAUGCUCCCGUUGAAACUGCUGCUGGUGGCCGUGGUUCUGUGCUUCUUUGAGGGGGAUGCCAAGUAUGGGGAGAGCGGGGCAAGGAGGAGAAAGUGCCUGAAUGGUAACCCACCGAGACGCCUGAAGAAGCGAGACAGGCGGAUGAUGUUCCUGGAGCCCGCGAGCGAAGGGGAGAUGAUGUGUCGUGGCUUCUACCCUCGCCUGUCCUGCUGCUCCAGGACUGACAGUCAGGGGCUGCUGCACUUUGAGAAUAAGAUAUUUUCUGUUACCAACAACACAGAAUGCGUGAAGCUACUGGAAGAAAUCAAAUGUGCACACUGCUCACCACAUGCUCAGAAUUUAUUCCAUUCACCUGAGAAAGGGGAAGCAUCUGAAAGAGAACUAGCUCUUCCCUUCCUGUGCAAAGACUAUUGUAAAGAAUUCUAUUAUACUUGCAGAGGUCAAAUACCAGGGUUUCUUCAAACUACAGCUGAUGAGUUUUGCUUUUACUAUACAAGAAAAGAUGGUGGCUUGUGCUUUCCAGAUUUUCCAAGAAAACAAGUGCGAGGCCCAGCUUCUAACUAUUUGGACCAGAUGGAAGAAUAUGACAAAGUGGAAGAGAUCAGCAGAAAGCACAAGCACAACUGCUUCUGUCUUCAGGAGGUUGUGAGUGGUUUGAGGCAGCCUGUUGGUGCAGUACACUCUGGGGAUGGAUCACACCGACUCUUUAUCCUUGAGAAGGAAGGAUAUGUGAAGAUUUUCACUCCUGAAGGGGAUAUAAUCAAGGAACAUUUUUUGGACAUACACAAGCUUGUUCAAAGUGGAAUAAAGGGAGGAGAUGAAAGAGGACUGUUAAGCCUUGCAUUCCAUCCCAAUUAUAAGAAAAAUGGAAAGCUAUAUGUGUCGUAUACUACCAACCAAGAACGGUGGGCCAUUGGACCUCAUGACCACAUCCUAAGGGUCGUAGAAUACACAGUAUCUAGGAAAAAUCCACACCAGGUUGAUAUGAGAACAUCAAGAGUGUUUCUAGAAGUAGCAGAGCUACACAGAAAACAUCUAGGAGGACAGCUUUUCUUUGGCCCAGAUGGCUUCUUAUACAUUUUCCUUGGUGAUGGAAUGAUCACUCUAGAUGAUAUGGAGGAGAUGGAUGGUUUAAGUGAUUUUACAGGUUCUGUAUUACGUCUGGAUGUAGAUACUGAUUUGUGCAAUGUUCCUUAUUCUGUACCACGGAGCAACCCACAUUUUAACAGCACCAAUCAACCUCCAGAAAUUUUUGCACAUGGACUCCACAAUCCAGGCAGGUGUGCCGUGGAUCGUCAUCCAACAGAUGUAAAUAUUAAUUUAACAAUACUUUGCUCCGACUCAAAUGCAAAGAAUAGAUCUUCCGCAAGAAUUUUGCAAAUAGUAAAGGGGAAAGACUAUGAAACUGAGCCUUCACUUCUAGAAUUCAAACCAUUCAGUAGUGGACCAUUGGUUGGUGGAUUUAUAUACCGAGGUUGCCAGUCUGAGAGACUUUAUGGAAGUUACGUGUUUGGAGACCGCAAUGGAAACUUUUUAACGCUGCAACAGAGUCCUGUGACAAAACAGUGGCAAGAGAAACCUCUAUGUCUUGGCAACAGUGGCUCAUGCAGAGGCUUCUUUUCAGGUCACAUUUUGGGAUUCGGUGAAGAUGAAUUGGGUGAGGUGUACAUUUUAUCAAGCAGCAAAAGCAUGACACAGUCUCACAAUGGGAAACUCUACAAGAUUGUUGACCCUAAAAGACCUUUAGUCCCUGAAGAAUGCAAAAGAACAGCUCAGUCUGCACAGAUAUUGACAUCUGAAUGCUCAAGGCAUUGUCGGAAUGGGCAUUGCACUCCCACUGGAAAAUGCUGCUGCAAUCAAGGCUGGGAAGGAGAAUUCUGCAGAACUGCAAAAUGUGAUCCAGUAUGUCGACAUGGAGGUGUCUGUGUAAGACCCAAUAAGUGCUUGUGUAAAAAAGGAUAUCUUGGCCUCCAGUGUGAACAAGUGGAUAGAAAUAUCCGAAGAGUGACAAGGGCAGGUAUUCUUGAUCAGAUCAUAGACAUGACAUCCUAUUUGCUGGAUCUAACCAGCUAUAUUGUAUAGCUUCUGGGACUAUCUGAAUACUACACUUUCAACGGGCAUUUAUUUUGAAUCCUAUCAUGUUAAAAAGACUGUUAUUCUGCUAUAAACACCGGUGAUUCAUUUCACUUUUAUUAAUUUAACUAUAAUGUCCAGACAUGUGCAGAUAAUUUUUGCAUGUGUGUGUGUGUGUGUAUAUAUAUAUAUACACACACACACACACACACACACACACACACAUCAGCACAAAUGUAUAGAUGUACAACACAUACAAAAUCCCAUCAUAAGUGUGGUUGCAUAAUUAGUGGAAUUUUUAAAAUAUGUUUCUUCGCAUGAAGUAGUUUACACAGUGAUUCCACUUUAAACCACAUUUUCAUCAAAGAACUCUUAUGAUGUCAUAAUGAAUUCUUUGACAUCCUAGCAAUUUUAUGUCUGUAACUAUCUGAUUAUAAUAAAGAGAGGAGUUUUGAAACAUUACUGUAUAAACUGAUGGAUUUAAUUAAAUUUAGUUAUAACAGUUUUUAAGGUGAAAUGAACUAUGCUAUGAGAUAAUAUUUCCAAACUCCUUAAUGCAUUCCUAAAUAGGCAAUUCAUUGUAAGAUUGUAACCUUCACCUUCAUCAAUGUAUUUCUAUUACAGAAUGUUAUGCACUUACUACUUUAUCUGGCAUAGAUGCAGAAAUCUGGUUAUCGCAGCUUAAUAUCAAGAAUGUUUCAAGUGUUUAAUAAUUUAAUUAUAUCAGCGUAUUUCAAAACCAAUCAUCCUAGAAGGUCUGCUUUUUAUCAUAUAUUUUAUUUAACAUUGGGCACCGGGUUCAUGUUACAUAUUUAUAUUAUUUUAUUUUAUUUUUAUAAUAUAGACGUCACCUAGAUGAAACAGCUUUACCAUGUCCUGUAAAAUACUAAAGUUACAUUUUUCACCAACUUAAUUGGAAUGACGGGGAAUGAGAGAGCAAACACUCUUAAAUGUGUUGUGGAUGUAAUCUAGAAAUGUAUCCUUGUGUCAACAUAUAUUCAUUUACGACGGAUGAAAAACCACCAACCAAUCUUUAUAGAAUUCCAGCAUACUAUAAAAAUGAUUAUAAAAAAUGCUUUUCAGUAUAACAGGACUGCCCAGAUUAUGCAUGAUUAGACUGUUACCGAUUUCAAACUGAAUGGAAUUUCAUUGGACAAGCACUCACUUUAGCAAAUCUUGGCUACAUAACUUGUACAAAACGUUAUUUGACGAUUGUUGUCAAAUAUGGUUUUAAAUGUAAAUGUUCCUUGAAGAAUUAGCAAAAAAUGAAUUUUGUAAAUGUAUCAAUAAAUUUGGUGUACAUGCUGUAUUCAGGUUUUUUAAAGCAUUAGUUAAUAGUUUAUCUAUAGACACUUUCAGACUGGGGAGACCACCCCCAACCUGCCCUUGGCCUCUGAUUCUCCGUGAUGUGUGGUCUGAUCUCUGUGUUCAUAUAUGUCACGUAUAAGGUUUCCUUUGCAAUACUGCCUUUCAGAAAAACUUACCUACAAAAGUAAGAGAACAACCACAAUGUUCCCAUCAGAGUUCUAUACACUGCUGUGUCUGUAUCAAUAGUGGUUAGGGGUUUAAGCAAUGCAGUCCAACCUAUUCCAUCGAGAUUUCACACCGAUAAGAAAAUGACCUCUGUAGGACCAUGACUUGUAACAUUAAUGGAUGUUUUCAGUCUCUUUUUUAAAAUACAUCUGACAUUUGUAAGUAAAAAAUGCAUGAUAUUUGUCCUGAUCUGUUAAGAAACUAGCUAAAGUGAACUGAAAGCUACACUUGCCUUCCAUGUAUGAUUACUUGAGUUUCAGCUGACCUCAUGCCAAAUGGAAAUUGGUUGAGAAAUCUUGGUUGAGUGCUUAGUGAACAAUAGUCUGCAUUAAAAAGUGCAUGCAUAAUUUUGCACAAUGUAGAUUCAAGUGACAGUCUAUUCAAAGAAGUCUCAGGAUUAAAUGAGCAUGGAGACCAAAUUGCCCUCUUACCCCAGAAAAGGGUGGUCCCUUCUAGUCACACUAACACUUCAUUGGCUAAGCAGUGUGACAAAUCUUGCAAUGAACCCUGCAUUAGCCUGCAUCUGCAGGUUAAUAGCAGCUCUUUGUCUCCACUGCUUUCUGCCUAUAGUCUUUUUUUUGAAUUCCAUCACAAAAAGUUUUACAAUUAAAAAAAAUGUCCUGACAACCAUUUUUGUAAAUUGACCUUAACAACUAAUCUUCCCUUAUUCAACGUGGGUGACAUUAACAAAAUGUAAGCUUCCUGUGAAAGAGCCAGCUGUCUAAAUCUGUCAGAUAGUGCAGUUUUAUUAUACAUUAUACUGUUCAUAGAGUCAGCAAAACAAGAAUAAAGUUACUGCAGUAUUCACAACAUUUAAAUAUCCAACCAAACUAGCACUCCCCUUCUCCCCACACACACACACACACACACUUCCUUUAACAAAAGUAAUUCCAAGCUGUAACUUCAUACCAGUUGUGACUCUUGAAUAUUUUCAGCACCUAACUGAAAAGGAAUGAUGGACCUUUUCCCGAGUCACUUCCAAGUUCUUUGAAAAGAACCAAGCCCUAAGGUUCUGUUAUCUACUUUCAUGAAAGACUAAAUUCUUCUAGUAAGAAGUUAUCCAGAGUCACUGAUGUUAGCUUAUAAUAACAAAAAAAAUCUAGUUUUUGGAUGGCCCCUCAUCGCUGUUACUGGUGAAAACAGAUAUCCGCACUCCAAAAAGAUAGGGGGCUAAAAUCCUGGCCUCAUCAAAAUCUAUGGCAAAAUAUCUGUUGACAUCAGUGGGGCAGGAUUCCAUCCUAAAAUUUGAAAUGUAUACAUCAAUUUAUAAAAUAAAAUCCAUCUGCCACAUUCCAGAAAACUUGCAGAUCUAAUUACGAAGAACAGGUCUAAAAGAUUGAAGAUAAGGGGGAAAGAGAGAGGAAUUUGCUUUUCAUUGAAUUAUUAAACAUCUUUACCAUCCUGUGGAAGCAGACCACCCUCCAUUAACCCCUAAGGGUGUAGAAUAUAACAUGAGGAUGUCCAUGGGAAAAGAUGUUCUCAUUAGACAUUUGAACUGCAUCUUUUUCAUAUAAAUUACAGUAAACAUUGAAAAAUGUGAGUAAACUGAGGUCAACCUAACGGUAAAAAAUGUUAAAGAAGUCUGACUGCAGAGAAUGGAGAACUGACAUGCAAAAAUUAAAUUAUUUUUGUAGCACUCACUGCUAGUUAGGUCACUGUGUAGUAGAAGUUUUCCAGCAUAAAAAACAGUGCAUUUAAAUGAAACUGGCUAAAUGGGGCAAACAGAGAAGGAGACCAAAUAGGAUUUUGUGCAUGUGCUUGAGUUUCUCUCUUCUUUUUCCUGUCUUUUAUUUUAAUACGGUCAUUAGGAAACACAUGCCAUGCCUUUGUUUCCAACAUAAUAUGCAUUUCAGGCAUUCUUUCAGCAUCUUUCCCCUCCAAGAGAAAAAUGUGCAAUAAUUAUAUCAAGCCACGUAAAUCUACUUUAGCCUCCAGCUGGAUUUAAUCCACUUAUAUUUCUCAUUUUAUCACGUUGUACUGGGGAACUAACUUUCCUCUCCCUCUUCCUGAAAAAAAUAGCAUACACCAGUAAAGGGCUAAUAUUUGCAUAGCCGCUGAGCCAUUUUCUCUACUCCACAUAUGACAGUAUGAAUAUUUGGGAUGCAAAGACUUGUUAUGUUAAGAAUUUGCCAUAAAAUCAUUGUUGUGCUUUUUAAUCACAAAAAAAUAUUAAACUGACUUGUGCAACUGCAAAUAUUAGCUCAAAAUCUUCCCUCAGAUUAGCACAAAACAUCUUCCAUUGAUUUCAAGGGACCCAUAUGUGCUCACCAAAGAGCAGAUGUUGGCUCCUGGUGUAUAAAAAUCCUCAGAGGUUACUGUGCUCCAGGCAUCCAAAUUAUCUAACUAUCAAUAUCAGGGAGAACUAUUCUGUACUGGCAGCCAUGAUAACUUCAGCAUCUUUUUCUUCUCCCACUCACUUUCAUUAAUUUUGGCUUGGUAGCUCUUUCCUCAGAGUAUUCCCAUGCUGUUUUGGCUCACUAUUUUAUAAUCCAUUGCAGUCAGAUGCCUCACCAAAGUGAUCUCUCUAUAUGUUAUAUGCAUAUUAUAUGCAAUAUUUAAACAAAAUACUGGUAUUUUUAAAAAUGAUACUUUUGAUUUUUCUGCUUUUGUUAUUUUUUGGUCAGCUACUUUGGGCUCCCCCCCCCCCCACACACACACACACUUCUAAUACUGUAGCUUAGUUGGCAUUGGUCAUUCACUAUGUGGUUCAGAAGUAGCAGUCUCAAGUUCCUCACGCUUAGAUCCUGAUGCUCAGUUGUGUCAACAAGGUGACUUGCUUGAGGUAGGCAGAAAAACAGUUAUUUAUUACGCAGUUGAACUGCCAGGCACUUAAAAAACAACACAGGCAUCAGCUUUGAAGGGGAUUUUUUUCCAGUUCAGUCAUCAGAACCCUCAAAUGAGAAACAGAAGGGGAUCCCCUAAAUGAAGGAAUUUU